AUGGAUCAAUCGUUCUCACUAAUUCUUAAUGCAAAAAGGUUGUUCCGGAAAUUUUUGGUUGAUGGUUAUACCAUGAGUGAAAGUGAGAGACUAUUUUUCAUACGUAACCAACAAAAAAUUCUUAGAUGUGAGUCUUAUGAGAAUUUGCGUAAUCAACAAGCACUUGGGAGUACAAAUAUUUCUAACAUCGGGCAACGUGUGAUCUUAUCUUCUUCAUUUACCGAUGGUGCACGCUAUAUGAUGCGAAACUAUUUGGAUGCCAUGUCGCUUUGUAAAUGGUUUGGAUAUCCUGAUUUUUUCAUAACCUUUACGUGUAAUUCAAAAUGGCCAGAAGUUCAAAGGUUUCUGAAGGACACUCAACUUCAUCCAGAAGAUAGACAGGAUAUAUUACGUAGGUUAUUUAAGAUCAAGUUGGAUGCAUUUAUUAAAGAUAUAAGGGAAAAUAAAGUUUUUGGCAAGGUUCAAGUAGUGGUUUAUACAAUUGAAUUUCAAAAACGAGGUUUGCCUCAUAGUCAUAUAUGUCUGUUUAUGCAUGCUGACUGCAAGCUUCCUACAGUUGAAUAUAUCGAUCCCAUUAUUUCCACUGAGAUUCCAAAUAUCGAUGAUGAUCUAGAAUUGUAUUCACUUGUCAAGGAGUUCAUGAUUCACGGUCCAUGUGGAGCUGAAAAUUUGAAUUUCCCAUGCAUGGUUGAGAAAAAGUGUUCUAAAAACUUUCCAAAGCAAUUUUGUAAUCAUAAUUCAGUUGAUUCAAAUGGUUUUCCCUUAUACAGUAGAAGAAAUGAUGGGCAUUUUGUUGAAAAAUCUAGUGUUCAGUUAGAUAACAGAAAUGUUGUUCCAUACAACAAAUAUCUGUUGAAAAGAUAUCAUACACACAUUAAUGUUGAAUGGUGCAAUCAAGGAUCUUCCAUAAAGCAUCCUGUUGUGAUUAGACUACCUUUUCAUCUUCCUAGUCAACAACAAGUUGUAUAUAAGGCAGACGAUGACAUUGAAGAUGUUCUUGAUCGCCCUUCAAUUGCUUCUUCAAUGUUCACAUCUUGGAUGAAGUGUAAUGAAAUCAAUAAAGAAGCACAAAAACUUACAUAUGUUGAAUUUCCUACAAAUUUUGUUUGGAAACUUAAAGGUCUGAUUUGGAAGCCAGGGGAAGUUGGAUAUGCGAUUGGUAGAAUUCACUCGGUUUCACCUAAACUUGGAGAAGCAUAUUUCUUAAGAAUUCUUUUAAAUAAAGUGAAAGGUCCUAAAUCAUUUGAAGAAAUUCGCACAGUCAAUGGUGAACUAUGUUCUUCUUUUAAAGAUGCGUGUUAUAAUCUUGGCCUUUUAGAUGAUGACAAACAAUUUAUCGAUGCAAUUAAGGAAGCAAGUCUUUCUGGAUAUGGUUUUUAUCUACGGUUCUUAUUUGUUACGAUGUUAUUGUCCAACAGUUUGUGUAAACCAGAGAUUGUUUGGCAAAACACCUGGGAAUACCUGUCAGAUGGAAUUCUUUACAAUCAACAACAGAGAUUAAAGUCUCCAGAUGCUGAUUCUGUUUUAUCUUCAAACAAUCGUCUUAUUACUGAGGAGAUAGAUUAUGACAUACCAAAUUUAAAGAACGUGUUUGAUCGGCUGUUUGUUGCAUUAACAAAUGAGCAACAGGACAUUUUUCUUGAUAUCAUGGAUGCAGUGGAGGUGUAUUCUUUGUUUAUGGUUAUGGUGGAACAGAAUAAAUCCAAAAAGUGA